AUGUCUCACUGGGAUAAAGUCGUCAAGUUGGCCUGUAAGCCAAAAUCGGCUGCUCCAAAGGCAAAGUAUCUCGACCCUAUCAUAGCUGCCACAUAUUCCGACGAAAGCUCGCUCCGGGAUGUCUUUGCUUCGCUCGCUGUCAGGCUACGAGAGCCGACGCUGGUGGUCGUUCACAAGGCUCUACUGGUGAUCCAUACCAUGAUUCGGACGGGUCAUACGGACAACGUGCUUGGCUUCUUGUCCAGCUCGAGCAACGAUGUCCUCAAGCUUCGUCACAUUUAUGAUGGAAACUUUGUCACGGGCCAUGUCGCGAGUUACGCCGCCUACCUUGACGCCCGCAUAAGAGCGUUCCGCGAUUUACGACAUGACACCAUUCGAAUCCAAAAUGAGAGCAACCGGGAAGACAGGAUGAGCGGCGGAGGGGAUGGAGGCCGGCCAAGCAAUGCCUCCAGCAGUGCACCCCGCGCAAAAAAGCUGCGGCAAUUGACAGUCGAAAAAGGUCUACUGCGAGAAACUAGGGGCGUUCAACGACAGAUUGAUGCGCUACUUCAAUGUAAAUUCUUUAUGGAUAAUCUGGAAGACGAGUUGACGAUCACGACGCUGAGGCUUCUCGUCAAGGAUUUGCUCAUUCUCUUCCAAGCUGGUAAUGAAGGGGUAAUCAAUGUGCUCGAGCACUACUUCGAGAUGUCCAAGGUAGAUGCCGAGCAGAGUCUCGGAAUCUACAAGUCGUUUUGUACGCAGACCGAAGGCGUCGUAGAGUAUCUGAGCAUUGCACGCAAGCUGGCAAACCUUCUCAACGUGCCCGUCCCAAACUUGCGGCAUGCCCCUACACGACUAGCCGGUGCACUCGAGGAGUACCUUCAGGACCCCAAUUUUGAACAGAAUCGGAUAGAGUAUAAGACGAACAAGGCGCUAGCCGACGGCAAAAUUCCGAACAAGGCAAAACCCCAGACCCAGAAGGAGCAAGCUACUACCUCGGCACCCAAGCAACCCGAGGCAAGCACAUCCAAGGAGAAACCAAGACCGGCCUCGUUGCAACCCGCGAUCGAUCUUCUACAGUCCAUCGAAGAAUCGCAGCCCACCAUGUUCAAUCCGCAAACGGAUAGCCACUCACCCACUUGGUUCCAGCAGCAGCAUGCACAGGCUGCAUAUAAUCCGUUCAGACAGUCUACUAUGAUGCCGCAGAUGACGGGCAUGCCAGCUCAACAGCCAUUUAUGAUGGCACAGCCGACUGGCUUCCAGGCAAAUUCAUCCCCGUUCUCCCAACCUGCUAUGCAGCCUCAGAUGACGGGCAUGCCAUUCCAAUCCACCACGAAUCCCUUCCCUCAAGUGAGCAACUCGCCAUUCGCACAACCCAUGCCUCAGAUGGGGAUGCAGACGGGCGUACCAUUCCAGCAACCGUUCCAGACUCCGAUGGUCCAACCCCAGCCAACAGGCUUCUUGGUGCCCCAGACAACGGGAACAAAUCCGUUCCGGCAGAGCAUCUUGAUGCCACAAGCCACGGGUCUGCCUACAGCCUCGAAUGCAUUCCCUUUUGCAAACGGCCAACCCCGUAGUGCGUCAGCUCUCAACUUUUCUCCACCAUCUGCCCCUCAGAGUGCCGCGGGGUCUCAGCAGACGAACUCGCAGUCACCAUUUGCUGCGGCGUUGAUCAAUCGACCAGCCUCGACGCCGAUCACCUCGAAAGAACCCGCGCUGAAACCGGUAGUAUCGCAUCAGACGGGCUCGCGCAAUCCAUUCGGUCAACCAAAGGCACCGUCUCCGCCACCAGUGCCAAAGCCCCCGACACUAGGAGAGCUUUCAUUUGGUGCCUUUGGAACACAGCAACCUAUGCAAACCGGUGCAUUCGGUGGAAUGCAGCCAAUGCAGACGGGUGCUUUUAAUUCUCAACCGCAGCAACUGAAUGCGACUCCUCAACAGCCAUUCUCGACCCAGCUUUCCAAUGCGCUUGGAGGUAGCACCAACCCGACCACAUCGAAUAUGUCCUCCGUGGCCUCUGCCUUUGCACUUUCAGACCCCAAUAAGCCUGAUGCUGCCGCCUCGAGCACUCCAUCACAGAUUGUGCCUAAUCUUACGGCUCAAACGACGUCGACCACGGCGCUAUCGGACAGCUUCUCCAACCUUUCGUUUGCUCCAUCGACAGCGACGUCUAACACCACGCCCUCAAUCAUCACAACUGCGCCAUUUUCACCACUGCAGCCACAGGCGACUGGAUUUGCGGGCAUCAAGCCAUUCAAGCCGACUUCUUCGUUUGGAGCCUCUUUACUCGAAUCGCUCCCUUCAUCAACUACAACAAGCGCUGCUCCUUCGGCAGCGACAAGUCCAAUCACCGGACCUGGUUCAACUGCGACCGGAACCUCUGGCUCUCAGCUCAGUCUGCCAAGCUUUACGCUUCCUGGUGGCUCCAGUCCUACAUCGACGACACCCGGAGCAUCGGGCGCGCUCAACUCUCAGCCCACUGGCAUAUCCGCUUUCUCGAGCAGCCUGAAUGCAACAGGGACGACGACUGGCGCGUCGUUGUUUGGCGUAAAUGGUUCGACACCUGGCGCGACUAGUACAGUGGGCGUCGGUUUGAGACCGCAGAUGACUGGCGGAGGAGGAAUCAAUCCUUUCCGCGUAUCGAUGGCGGGAGGCUCUCAAUUCGGUACAGGAGCUCAGCAGCCUCCAAUGCCGUCAUUGGCACCAAAUAUGACAGGAUUCACUGGAAUGCAGCAGGGCUCGUCGAUGGGCUCGAAUCUAUUCAGUGGCGCCAGCUCUGGGUUCAAGCCUACCCUGGCCACUAUCCCGUCGUUUACCGGUGCCUUCCCGAACACGAACCUACAAGCGGGACAACAACAACAGCAGCAACAACAACACGCGUCGUUAAUCUGA